CCAGAAACUUGUCUAUAUAUUGUCUUGCUUGUAAGGGUAAAAAUGUGAAGCUCGAAGACUUGAUCUGAAGAUCCGAGACUCGAUCUGAAAAGAAUCUUUCAACUUGACAACGUCUUCGAUUAUUUGAAGAGUCUUUGAAGCUCGAUCUGAAGAAUCUCUCUACCUGAAGAAUCUCUCAAGAAGGGAUGCCGCUGUUUUGAUUAUUGAAGUCUUUUAAGUGAAUGAACUUCAUGGCGGCUUCUGAUUGUCCUUCUUCUUCUCGUGCAUCAGGGAAGUAUGAUGUUUACCUAAGUUUUACGGGCGUCGAUACCCAUAAAAAAUUUAUCAGUCAUCUUUAUGAAGCUUUGUGUCGCAGUCACAUUGAAACUUUCUGUGAUUACCAAAUUGAGAGAGGAGAUGAAUAUUCGCAACCUCUUUUCAAUGAAAUUAAAGAAUCGAAAAUUUCUUUUGUUGUAUUCUCAGAAGGCUAUGCAUCUUCCGCAUGGUGUCUUGAGGAACUUGUAGAGAUUAUUGAAUGCAAGAACAUGUACGGUCAGAUUGUGGUACCAGUUUACUGUUAUGUAGAUCCAUCAGAUGUGAGGAACCUAUCUGGGAAAUUUGGGGAUGCAUUUGAUGAGCAUAAGAAGAAGAGUUGGCGGAAUGCUUUGCGGGAAGUGGGGAAUCUAGCUGGCUUUGUUGUAAAGGAUAGGGAUGAAUCUAAAGCUAUAGCGGAAAUUGUUGAAUUAUCUUUGAAGAAAUUGAAUGAUAUGUGCUCAAGUGAUGACAAGGACCUGAUUGGAGUGAAACCAAGCAUAAAAAGAAUUAAUUCUCUGCUACGUAUUGGGUCGAAAGAUAUUUGCAUUGUAGGAAUUUGGGGAAGAAGUGGUAUAGGCAAGACAACUCUUGCCAAAGCUGUAUUUGAUGAAGUUUUGGAUCAAUUUGAUGAUUCUUACUUUGCUCUUAAUGUUAGGGAAGAAUCAGAGAGUCCUAACGGGUUAACUCCCUUGCGACAAGAACUUUUCUCUGAAAUAUUAAAGGAGAAACAUUCCAACAUAGGAUUCACAUUUAUAAAACAAAAGCUUUCCCAUAGAAAGGUUCUCAUUGUUUUCGAUGAUGUGACAUCUUUUGAACAAAUAAAAAUUUUAGUUGGAGAUCUUAAUUGCUUGGGUCUAGGUAGUCGAAUUAUUAUAACAACAAGGGAUAAACAAUUGCUUACAAAUUAUGGAGUGGAAAAUAUAUACGAGCUUAAGGCAUUAUCUCAUCGUGAAGCUCUUUGCCUUUUUAGUUGGUAUGCCUUUCAACAAAGUCAUCCAACUUUUGUUUAUGAUGACCUGUCGAAUAUGGUUGUAAAAUAUGCUAAAGGCAUACCAUUAGGUCUUAAAGUGUUGGGUUCCUUUCUACGUGGCAAGAGAAAUACAGUAUGGUUAAGUGCAAUAAAUACACUAGAGAGAACUUCUUGUUAUGAUGUCUAUGAGGUGUUAAAAAUAAGUUAUGAUGGACUAGAUAAUGAUGAGAAGAAUAUAUUCUUGGAUAUUGCAUGUUUCCUUAAAUGGGAGAAUAGAGAUUUUGUAAUAAAGUUCUUGAAUGCAAGUGGCUUCUUUGCAGAAAUUGGAAUUAGUGUUCUCAUUGAUAAGUGUCUUCUAAUGGUAUCAAACAACAAGGUAACAAUGCAUGAUUUGCUUCAAGAAAUGGGUCAAGAAAUUAUCCGGAGAGAAUCCUCAAUAGAUCCUGGCAAACGCAGUCGUUUGUGGCAGCAUGUGGAUAUAUUUAAUGUAUUGAAAAAAAAUACGGGGAGUAAAGCAAUUGAAGGCAUAUGCUUGGACAUGUCUAAAGUAAGAGAUAUACAUUUAAAUCGUCAUGCUUUCUCCAGGAUGCGUAAACUGAGAUUCCUGAAAUUAUAUAACUCACACUCUGAAGAGGACAAUAUCAGUAAGGUGCAUGUUUCCCAAGGCCUUGAAUCUGUUUUCUCUAACUUAAGGUACCUUUGUUGGCAUGGAUGCCCAUUGAAGUCAUUGGAGUCAAAUUUUCGUCCAGAGAAUCUUGUUGCACUUGACAUGUCUUAUAGCAAUGUUGAACAACUUUGGACUGUUGUGCAGCAUUUUGAUAACUUAAGGGAUAUGAACCUCAGCCACUCCAAGCAUCUAAUCCAAAUUCCAAAUCUCUCAUUCGCACCAAAGUUGCAGAACUUGAUUCUAGAAGGGUGCACAAGUUUGUUUGAAAUUUCCUCAUCUAUUGGGCAUCUCAAUAAGCUUGCUAUCUUGAAUCUUAGGCAUUGCAAAAGUCUUAAGAGUCUUCCAAGCAGUAUUUCUAAGCUGAAGUCUCUUGAACAUCUUAAUGUAUCAGGAUGUGCAGAACUUGAUAGAUUGCCCGACUAUGUAGGAGAUUUAGAAGCAUUGAAAGUGCUUGAAGCAAAGACACUUGCUAUAAAAGAAAUACCGUCAUCCAUUGUAAAUUUGCGUUAUUUGACGGAACUAGAUCUUGCUAAUUGUUGUCUCAUGGAGUUACCCAAUACUUUCAGCCAGUUAUCCUCACUUAGUAUUUUACUUCUAGGUGGGAAUAAUUUCAAGAGCAUUCCAACAAGCAUCAAUCACCUUUCUAAGUUAUCUUAUCUUGAGUUAGGCUAUUGCGAGCUGCUUAAAUCCUUACCAGAGCUUCCUUGUAGUUUAGAAUCUCUUGAUGCACCAGGUUGCUCGGCAUUGGAAUCGGGUUUAUCAGUUCUCCCAGCUACUAAUCGAAGAUCAGUGAGAGUUAACUUUAGCAAUUGUUUCAAACUAGAUCAAAGUGCUGUAAAAAAUAUUGUUGAAGAUGCUAUACAGAAAGGACCGCAUAUGACAAUGGAACUUUACUCAAGACCUAGUGUUUGUAUCUGUUUCCCUGGAACUGAAAUCCCACAGUGGUUUAACUAUAUAAGUUUGGGGUCGUCUAUAAAUAUCCAGCUGCCAUCAGGUUGGUUCAAUCCUGACUUUGUUAGUUUCAUCAUAUGCGUUGUUGUAGAGUUUCGAAACUAUUACGACGAAGGCCAUGGUUUGGUUGUUCACUAUGAUUGCAAGCUCAGAAGUAAAAAUGACAUGACGGUCCUUUACCGUGGCACCUUGAAGGGUUGGUACUAUGAUAUUGAAUCCCUUUACAUUGACUCAGAUCACAUAUUUUUGGGAUAUGAUUCCAAUAUGCUUUCUUCAAAUAUUAAUAAAUGGGAUUACCUUUCCUAUAAUGAGGUGUAUAUGCAAUUUUAUGUUGAGGAUUUAAAUAAUAAACGCAUAGAUUGUUGCAAGGUGAUAAAGUGCGGGGUCUCUUUGGUGUAUUCUCCAGAGACUAGGAAGCCUUUGAAAGUUGCAAUCUGGGAGAAAUUGCCAUGUGAGAAAUCAGAUGAUGAGGAAGAGAAACUACCACGCAAGAAGCAAAAUGUUGCUUCUUUAUAGAUCUCAGUUACUUGCUUUACUUCCUUUUGGAGCAUCACAACUUUGUAUGUCUGGUUACACCGCAACAUAUAAAGUGAUGUUGAGCUCGUCCGACUGUUGAAUCAGUACUGCUUGGAAAAAUGAUUGACUGAUUGUUGCCAUGUGAAGAAGCUUUUCUUUUUUUGUUCAGUGUAAUUGUUUGGGGGUUCAUAUCUUAAACUAAUUACUCUUUGAAAUGCAUCAUAUAACUUGUUGCUAGUCGAAACCUGCAAAUAUCUAAUGUUAAUGUGUCUCAGUUCAUGUUUGAACAUAAGUCUAACUUUAGCCAAUUUCAGGAGAUGAGGAUGAUGAGAUUAGUUAUCCGUUGCCUACGUAAAAGGCAUUCGAUUCUUUAUGUUAACGAUUAUUUUGCUCGGUUUUUGAAUUUGAUGGGUCCUGUUUUGAGAUGAUGAUGUAAUAAUAAUAAUUAUUAUUAUUGUUAAUAUUGUUAUUGGAGUCAAAUUUGUAACCCCCAAGAUAAGUAGUUUUUGUAUUGCCUCUCUAAUUAAAGAAGGUACAAAGAAUGGAGAACUGAUUAUAUUGACAAUGAGGAAUUAACAAUAUUGAACUAGAAAUUAACAUAGAUAUUGAACUAGAAAUUAACAUAGAAUGGAAGGAAAUUGGUCUCUUCGUCCUGUCAUUUUCCCUUGGCUUAUUCUCCUUUAUAUAGGCACGCUUGGUAGACCCAGCCAAGUGUUGCCAAUACCCAUGAGUAAACGGGUACCCGGUCCAAACGAGCGGGUAUGGGUAACAUCAUUAAUUACCCGUCUGAAAAUCACUCCGUACUCAGCUCGCCUGUGAAAAAAAUGGAUGGGUCGGGUAAUAACUGCAGCUACUUGCACUUAAUUUAAAAAAAAAAAAAAAAAAAGAGCUGAAAAAUAUAAAUGUAAAAAUUAAAAACCUAACUCACUCA